AUGCAUAUUUCAAGUAAAGGAUCAGGACCAAAAACCAUUUUGGCUAUUGGAGGGACAGGAACUGGUAAAAGUACAUUUGGACGAAUAGUUUUUGGUGUGAAUACAGUAUCAGGAGAAGGUCAUAGUUCGAUAACCAAACAAACCGCAUUAUAUGAAAAUGACAAAUACAGGUAUAUAGAUACGCCAGGAUUUUCGGAUAGUAAUGGUAGAGAUGACUCGGAAGUAUUUCGUAACAUGUUAACGUUGAUGCAAAAUUAUUCAGAAGAUAACAAAUUUAAAGUUGACAUUAUAUUAUGGUUUUGCUUGGAAAGUGAACGUUGUGAUCAAACAUUACAACGUGGUGCGAAUUUUAUACAAAAAUUAGUCGAAUACGCAGAUUUGGAUAAUUUUGAUGGUAAUAUUUGGAAGAGCGUUUUAAUUAUUAUUAGAGGUCCAAUGUUAUCCCCAAAUUUAAGUGAAGGUCCUAAAGUAGCAGCAAAAUUAGCAAUGACGAAAUUUAUCAACGAAAAAAACAUUGUUGAUGCAGGAAAUUUAACUGUUAAAGUUGAUCAUUUGGCCUGUUGGAUCUUUGAUAUAAAUGAUAUACCAAAUGAUAUGUAUAAUACUAUGUCGGCGGAACAUAGGUUAAUUUGGAACGUUUAUUCAAAGGAAGAAAUUGGAGGAAAAGUUAGACAACGUAUUUCUAGAUUACCUUUUGGAGUGGAAAUCAAUUUCGUACACGCAAGAUGUAAAAGGUGUAAUUGCUUGGGAGACCCUCGUUUAUUUGAUAAUCUUUGUCAUCCAUCUAACAAUCCUCCCCCAAGGCAUAAUAUUCAAAUGGAGCAUUAUCAUCCACGUAAGUUAGUUAGGGGUCAUUACGGUCCGGUCAUUCUCGUUCAUUCCGAUAGUAAGAGACCUUCCUCAGAAAAGAUCUUGCCCACUAUGAUUUCUGGUGCGCUCACGGGUGCUGCCGCUAUUGGUAGACCUGCUUCCGCCGCCGGUCCGUACGGGUUAGCCGCUGGUACGAUCGCAGGUGGAGUUCUCGGUGCCGCCGCCGGGGUUAUUUGGACGGCUAAAGAUAAGUGUAGAGAUUGUCAACGUCCUUUCACGGAUGAAGGAUGUGUUAAACAAUGCUCAUGUUGUAAAAGAUUUUUGGGUGAAAGUGGUUGUAGAUGGAGAUUUGCUUGUUGUCAAUGGGAAGAAACUAAAAUUGGUUGUAAAACUAGACCAAUUUGUAUAACUCCCGAAUGUGAUUUAGAAGAACUUGAUCCCUGUGUAUGCGGUGCUUGCGGGAUGUUGUUAGGGACUGAAGGAUGUUCAAGAGAUGUUGAUCAUAAUGUAAUUUAUGAGAAGGAUGAUUUCGAUGAUACCGAUUCAUUUUAA